UUCUAAAACGAAAUGCUCUCUGAACGUCGAUUUAAGACCCAGUGAAAUCGGGUUUUGUUUAGUACUCUCUCUUCUGAAAGUCGAAAAAGAAGUUCGUAAACAAAAUGUCCGGGAGUGCCAACAACAGCCAGUUCAACGAUGACGAAUUGGUUCCACCAGAGUGGCUGAAUUCUGAAUUCAUAGCCCAUGUCAUGGGAUCCCACGAUGGGGAACCAGUAACCGAGGUAACCGAUUUGACCUUCUCUCCGGCGAGCGCAAAGGGUGAUCACUAUGCCAGCAUCAUGUUCCGGGCAAAAGUGAGGUACUCCAACCAAAAGGGUGAGUUCCAAAAGUCGCUGAUCAUCAAAACGAUGCCCGAGGAGGAGGGUCACAAGAAGGAGUUGAUCGGAGGAUCGCCCAUUUUCGAAACGGAGGUGGGGAUGUACACAAAGGUGCUCCCGGAAUUCGAGAGGAUUCUUCGCCAGGCCGGCGAUAGCACAAAACUGUACGUGGAUUGCAUAUACCACAGCUUGGAACCGCAUCAGGUCCUGAUUUUUGAGGAUCUCGUGGAGAUGAACUACAUUGUGUUGAGGGAUCGCGAUGCCACUCUUGAUGAGAUACACCGCGUCUAUUUCAAAUUGGCCAAGUGGCAUGCAGCCAGCUUAAAAGUACUCAAUGAGAACCCCGAAUUCCUGGAGCCCUACACCCACGGACUGUUUGAAAUGCCACAUGUCCUAAAGGAGCCCUUUAUGAAAACCGGAAUGGAGUUUUUCGUGGAACUUAUGGGUGAAGAGCCAGAGCUGAAUAAGUACAAAUCCUAUUUCGAAAGCAUCAAGGAAGACUUUCUGGAGCGACUCAUAGCGGAGUGGAAGGAGCACCGGAACAACACAGAAGUAGACCCAUACCGGGUCCUUUGCCAUGGAGACCUACAUCUUCGCAAUAUUAUGUUCAAGUACCAGGAUCCAGGAACAUUUAAGGACUGCAUGCUGCUCGACUUUCAAAUCAGCAGUGUUUUUCCGUUGGGACUGGAUCUUGUUUACUCGAUAUAUAUGCUGAUGGAGCCAGACCAUCGAUGGAAAAACUGGGAUGACCUUAUAAACUACUACUUUUCGGUUUUGGAAGAUGUUCUGAAGAAGAUCGGCUAUAAAGGAGAAAUGCCAACCCAAUCGGGUCUUUGGAAGCGCCUUCAUCAGCUCAAGUAUUUCGAGCUCUUCGUUAUAAGCACGUUUCUACCUUUGAUGUGGGCCUUAAGAGACAAGUCUGUCGACUUUGGCGAUCUGCUUCAAAAUGAAGAAAAACGUAGAAAGUGCUCCUAUUCUAAAGGUUACAUAAAAGACGUAAAAAUAUUGCUGGCCCGCUUGGACAAGUUGGGCUUACUACAGGAUUAAUAAAAAUGACCUUUAAAUGUUGCCAAUAAAUUAUAUUCAUUUAAAAAAAUUGUUUAAAUUGUAAAA